GUUAAAUUUUUCCAAGUAAUAGAGAAUAUAUAUCAUCAGUUUUUGAAGCAUGGGGAUGUGGUGUACUACUUUGUUUAUGGUUUCUUGUGUUUCCAUCUGUUUAAUUCUAAGCCAUGUUCAAGAGGUAGAAGCUGGAGCACCUCCCCAAGACUGUUGGAAUCUCGUCACUUUCCCUGCUAAAUGCGGCAUUCACGGAAAGAAGAAAUGCUUCAAAGAAAUGGAAUCAAAGUAUCAACAACGUUUUCUUCAGUGCACAUGUAAAAACUUAAAACCGGAACCCAAAUCACCCAAGGACGAACAUGACUGCACUUGUCAAAGAGCUAAUCCUUAUGAAUAUAUUUACAAAAAGACCAAGGAGUAUAGGAAAACUGAAAAUCAAAGAGCCAAAAAAAAGAGGUUACAAAUUACUAAAUUAGAAAGGAGCGGUAUGAAUGUCCCAAGCAUGAGGACUCAUAAACAUCAUUCUUUCGUCUUCAUAAUCAUCAUCAUCCUCCUCAUCCUUCAGAUUUAUGCAUCUCCCUCCUCUUUCUUCACUAGCUCGUAACCCCUCAUGCGUCUCCUGCUAAUUUUGUUAAUUAAUUAACGUUACGAAGAAAAAAAGAAAAUUUGAAGGAACUCCAAAAACUAAAAUUACUGUAAAUACGUACCUUUGUAAAAAUAUCCAUAGCUUCCU